AUGCUGCUCCAGCUGAGCGCCGAGUUUGAUCUCCAGAGCGAUGUGGUCCCGUGGCUCUUGGCGCAAGGUCCGGCAGCGGCUCCAGACACUUUUGAGAAGAGUGCAGCAACACCGUGCGUAGUAAAUGUUGAAAGAAAUGGAAAAAUUAUUUAUACCUGGAAGGGAAGUGGGAGAAAUACCUGCAUUGGAUUAUAUGAUCCUUUUAAUAAACAAAAUGAGCAUCUGUAUACCUUUGAAAAAGAUCUACACAUAAUCAGUUGUUCGAUCAACAAUGAAAAGACAUUACUAGUAGCAGUCAGUUUUCUUCAGUCAACAAAGGAAGAAAGAGUAAAUCAACUACUUCAGCCAGUAUCUAAGUGUUUGACCUUGCUCAUUGAAAUUCACCCAGUUAAUAAUGUAAGAGUCCUAAAGGCUGUGGAUACCUGUAUCAGAGUACAGUUUCUCUAUCCAGUUGCAAACAGAAAUCCUUUUCCAGAAAGCCAUCUCUUACUAAUUUCAGAAGAUAAAUAUAUUGAACAAUUUCACAUUCAUGUUGUCACAGAAGAUCACCACAAAGUGGUGAUUCAAAACUCAGGCCAGCUCCCAAGAGACAGAGUUGCAGAUGAUCUCAUUUGGGCACAAUGGGAUAUGACAGAACAAAGACUCUUCUACAUUGUUCCAAAGGAAUCAAGGAAUAUCUUAAAAUGUGUCCAGUUUUACCCUGAUGAAAACUUUAAUUUAAUACUUGAAGCAUCCCUGGACAUCUCUUUAAGAGACAUAGGAUUAAAAUUUGUGAAUUUUGGAUUUGAUUACUCUCAAGACCAAGAGAUGGAACCUAGAUCUCUGAAUCUGCAAGUUUUUACCAGUAAAACAGGAAGUUUUUGUCUGUGUUGUAGUCAGGCUCCUGAUAUUCCGAAGGAGGUCACAUACUCCGUUUCUUUUUUACAUAAAGGUUACAGCAAAACCUUUACAGUUGCUCUACAAAAAACAGAUUACCCACAAGUGAAGGAAGUAGCUUUUUUGAAUCUUGACUAUUACGUGGCUGUUUAUUUGCCUGGCCACUUUCUACACCUCCUCAAUACUCAACAUCCUGACCUGAUGUGCUAUAAUUUGUUUCUGACAGGUGAGGAUGCGAGAAUCAACAUGCUGCACAAAAGUUCCAUCCAGUCCCCGUUCAAGUCAGCCGUCUGGGAUUGCUGCUCAGGAAGAAUGUUUACUGUAAGAAUAAAUGAGUGCUCCUUGAUGCAAUUCCUUUGGAACAGUAAACUGGACAGUGAUAGACUGGCAGCACUGCACUGUGCUCUUCUACAUGUCAGAAAUACAACAGAUUUGGAAAUGCAGAUUAUUCAGUGGAUUUCUGAGAACCUGUCAGCAUGUUCUACAUUUGACCCCUUACAGGAAUUGAUCAUUGCUUCCUUAUACUGGGCAAUGUGUCCAGAGACUAGCAAGCUGGAUAAACUUUUGCCAUAUACAUCACUGCUGUACUGGAAUGGGAUUAUCCCUGGAAUAACAUGCAUAACGGACAUUAUUUCUUUACCUGAAUUAAAGGUUCAAAAUUGUAAAGGCUUCUGGGAAAAGCUAAACUUAAACCUGGAGUGUGUGAAAUACGCUGAGCCACACUUGCAUUACAACAACAAUGUGCUCAGGAGAGAAUGGUAUAAGCUACUUUCAGAAGAGAAAGCCGAGGAAAGAAGAACCACAACAUAUUUGAGGAAUAUUUUUGAGAAUGCAAAAAAGGUGCUUUCCAAUCUUGCUGAAUGGAACUUGGAGGAAAGGCUAGUUCCUCUUUUUCAAGAGGAAGACUACCAGCAGCGAUUAUUAAUCGGACUAAUGGUUGCUCAGUUGAAAGAUCAUCUUAUGAGGCAUCUACAAUAUGUUGGAAAAAUGAAGGUUGACCAGAUAGUUCUGGACUAUGUUUCAAAACUGCUGGAUCUGAUCUGUCGGAUAAUGGAAGCUGUUUGGAGGAAAUACAGUCUUCAGUCCUGUGUUCUCUGCUUGGACGAGCGAGGAAACGCGGCAGAGUUUGCAGCUUUCCACAUCAUGAGUCGGAUUCUAGAAGCUGCCAAUGGAAUGUGUAUACCCCUGCCCCCUGGUUUUCAUACUUUGCACAUGGGGCUUGGAGUUAGAUGUCUGCCUUUGCAUACCCUGCUGCAUUACAUUGAUAAUGGGGUGUUACAGCUGACUGAGACAUGCGCUAUAAAACUUUUGAAAGAUCUGGACAACACUGAGAAGAAUGAAAAGCUAAAAUUUAGUAUCUUUACAAGGCUUCCUGAGGCAAUUGGUCACAAGGUCAGUCAGCUGUGGAAUCAUCCUGUCAACUCUAAUUUUAUUGCAAGGAACUCUGUUAAACUUUUGCUUGAUAAACUUAGGAAGAGACAGCAUAACAGACCAGUGGUGGACAGACUGUCUGUCCAUGUAGAGUUUCUGCCACUUAACUACUUAGUUGAUAUGCUGGCAGAGGUAGAGGAUCAAGGUCUGAAUCCAUUUGAGGAAGAAGACAAUGUGAAUGCAAAAUUCGUAGAGGAAACAGCACUGAAACACACCAUGAUGCUUUUAGGCCUGUAG